AUGAUGGAGCAAGAGGAAGUGGAGAAAACAAAUGGUGGUGCGGCCAAACGCACUCUCUUUGGACGCAAGAAGAUGGUGGUGUAAGUUUUUGUGGACCAAAUGUCACUAAAUUGUUCAUAAGAGUCUACAAUGGUGACCCCUUUGGCUUUCAAUCAUUUUGCUCAGAUUAAUACUAUCCAGAGGUUGACUAAAACCCAAUAUGCACUAAAACGGAAUUUAUCAUCUACACAGGGACAGUAAGACAUUUACUGGGGUGCCUAACGUUGUUCGUUUUUUUGCUUUGGGGAGUUUAUUUUAUUGGGCACAGGAGGGUAGUGCGUUUUUUUCCCAUGUUCACAUUCGCUCUUUUUGCAGGUUUUACAAUAUAAUUUCGCCCCUAUUUCAAGGUGUUUUGGUACUUUCCUUGUCCACUAUGCUUUUCUGCUCGCUAACUAUACCACACAGGUCAAUAUAGUCUACCAGUCUGUUAUCUUGCACUCUAUCCACCAUUCUUAAUGACAAUAGUGCUAGGUGGAUAGGUUGUUCAGAUCUGCAAUAUGCUAACUAGUAAUCAUACCACACAUGAAAUCAUUAAAAACUGCACCAAUAUAAGCCAAGAGGCCAUGGUGCGUCAUUGAGGAUGAGAGAACAGUGAAGACAUGAGACAUCCAGCUCAAAAAGCUCCCUUAUUGAUCUUGUUUUGGGACAAUACAAUUAUCCUACCAAGACUAGCCUACACCACUAUAUUGCAAUGAAUAAUUGAAUUAGGCUAUUGUUUUCAGGUGAGUGCAAAUAUCGACUCAAGGCUGUAUACUGCAGUGAAAAUUUCAUUUGAAUAAUGGCGCAAUGGCCCUGUGAUUUCUAUAUUUCAUUCCAUUUGGAUCAGUUGUGGGUCUACUCUCGACAGUUUAUAAAGUCUAGAAAGACACAGUAGUCCUCUGUGUGGUCCUCUGUAGCUCAGCUGGUAGAGCACGGCGCUUGUAACGCCAGGGUAGUGGGUUCGAUCUCCGGGACCACCCAUACACAAAAAUGUAUGCACGCAUGACUGUAAGUCGCUUUGGAUAAAAGCGUCUGCUAAGGGGCAUACUAUAUUAUUAUUAUUAUUAGUAGCAGGCCAGUCUGGCUGUAUUUUAACUUCUGAUACUGAGAUGUGAUGUCCGUUGCGGAUCAUCAUUCUCACAAGUCGUCCUAGAAUAAUGUGGCCACAUACGCUUCCAGGCCCAGUUAUUCAGGAAACUUAAUGCGCGCACUCUGCCUCCUAGCCGAUCUGAGCAGUACAUUUCAAACUGUCCCUAAGUGGAAACCAUGCAAGGAAAGAAAGUUCUGCAUAUAAUUCUUUAGUAGCUGCACACUCUUCAAAGGAACAUGAUGCUCAAAACCAUGUUUUAGUAUUUUGUACAUUAGUCUAAUUAUAUACAGUUGAAGUCGGAAGUUUACAUACAGUGGGGGAAAAAAGUAUUUAGUUAGCCACCAAUUGUGCAUGUUCUCCCACUUAAAAAGAAGAGAGGCCUGUAAUUUUCAUCAUAGGUACACGUCAACUAUGACAGACAAAAUGAGAGAAAAAUCCAGAAAAUCACAUUGUAGGAUUUUGUAAUGAAUUUAUUUGCAAAUUAUGGUGGAAAAUAAGUAUUUGGUCAAUAACAAAAGUUUCUCAAUACUUUUGUUAUAUACCCUUUGUUGCCAAUGACACAGGUCAAACGUUUUCUGUAAGUCUUCACAAGGUUUUCACACACUGUUGCUGGUAUUUUGGCCCAUUUCUCCAUGCAGAUCUCCUCUAGAGCAGUGAUGUUCUGGGGCUGUCGCUGGGCAACACAGACUUUCAACUCCCUCCAAAGAUUUUCUAUGGGGUUGAGAUCUGGAGACUGGCUAGGCCACUCCAGGACCUUGAAAUGCUUCUUAUGAAGCCACUCCUUUGUUGCCCGGGCGGUGUGUUUGGGAUCAUUGUCAUGCUGAAAGACCCAGCCACGUUUCAUCUUCAAUGCCCUUGCUGAUGGAAGGAGGUUUUCACUCAAAAUCUCACGAUACAUGGCCCCAUUCAUUCUUUCCUUUACACGGAUCAGUCGUCCUGGUCCCUUUGCAGAAAAACAGCCCCAAAGCAUGAUGUUUCCACCCCCAUGCUUCACAGUAGGUAUGAUGUUCUUUGGAUGCAACUCAGCAUUCUUUGUCCUCCAAACACGACGAGUUGAGUUUUUACCAAAAAGUUGUAUUUUGGUUUCAUCUGACCAUAUGACAUUCUUCCAAUCCUCUUCUGGAUUAUCCAAAUGCACUCUAGCAAACUUCAGACGGGCCUGGACAUGUACUGGCUUAAGCAGGGGGACACGUCUGGCACUGCAGGAUUUGAGUCCCUGGCGGCGUAGUGUGUUACUGAUGGUAGGCUUUGUUACUUUGGUCCCAGCUCUCUGCAGGUCAUUCACUAGGUCCCCCCGUGUGGUUCUGGGAUUUUUGCUCACCGUUCUUGUGAUCAUUUUGACCCCACGGGGUGAGAUCUUGGGGUGAGAUCUUGUGUGGAGCCCCAGAUCGAGGGAGAUUAUCAGUGGUCUUGUAUGUCUUCCAUUUCCUAAUAAUUGCUCCACAGUUGAUUUCUUCAAACCAAGCUGCUUACCUAUUGCAGAUUCAGUCUUCCCAGCCUGGUGCAGGUCUACAAUUUUGUUUCUGGUGUCCUUUGACAGCUCUUUGGUCUUGGCCAUAGUGGAGUUUGGAGUGUGACUGUUUGAGGUUGUGGACAGGUGUCUUUUAUACUGAUAACAAGUUCAAACAGGUGCCAUUAAUACAGGUAACGAGUGGAGGACAGAGGAGCCUCUUAAAGAAGUUGUUACAGGUCUGUGAGAGCCAGAAAUAUUGCUUGUUUGUAGGUGACCAAAUACUUAUUUUCCACCAUAAUUUGCAAAUAAAUUCAUAAAAAAUCCUACAAUGUGAUUUUCUGGAUUUUUUCUCUCUCAAUUUGUCUGUCAUAGUUGACGUGUACCUAUGAUGAAAAUUACAGGCCUCUCUCAUCUUUUUAAGUGGGAGAACUUGCACAAUUGGUGGCUGACUAAAUACUUUUUUCCCCCCACUGUACACCUUAGCCAAAUACAUUUAAACUCAGUUUUUCAAAAUUCCUGACAUUUAAUCCUAGUAAAAAUUCCCUGUUCUACGUCCAAUUUGUAAGUCGCUCUGGAUAAGAGCGUCUGCUAAAUGACUUAAAUGUCAGUUAGGAUUACCACUUUAUUUUAAGAAUGUGAAAUGUUAGAAUAAUAGUAGAGUGAUUUAUUUCAGCUUUUAUUUAUUUCAUCACAUUCCCAGUGGGUCAGAAGUUUACAUUCACUCAAUUAGUAUUUGGUAGCAAUGCCUUUUAAAUUGGGUCAAACGUUUCGGGUAGUCUUCCACAAGCUUCCCACAAUAAGUUGGGUGAAUUUUGGCCCAUUCCUCCUUACAGAGCUGGUGUAACUGAGUCAGGUUUGUAUGCCUCCUUGCUCGCACAUGCUUUUUCAGUUAUGCCCACACAUUUUCUAUAGGAUUGAGGUCAGGGCUUUGUGAUGGCCACUCCAAUACCUUGACUUUGUUGUCCUUAAGCCAUUUUGCCACAACUUUGGAAGUAUGCUUGGGGUCAUUGUCCAUUUGGAAGACCCAUUUGCGACCAAGCUUUAACUUCCUGACUGAUGUCUUGAGAUGUUGCUUCAAUAUAUCCACAUAAUUUUCCUUCCUCAUGAUGCCAUCUAUUUUGUGAAGUGCACCAGUACCUCCUGCAGCAAAGCACCCCCACAGCAUAAUGCUGCCACCCCUGUGCUUCACUGUUGGGAUGGUGUUCUUCGGCUUGCUAGCCAACCCCUUUUUCCUCCAAACAUAACGAUGGUCAUUAUGGCCAAACAGUUCUAUUUUUGUUUCAUCAGACCAGAGGACAUUUCUCCAAAAAGUACAAUCUUUGUUCCCAUGUGCAGUUGCAAACCGUAGUCUGGCUUUUUUAUGGCGGUUUUGGAGCAGUGGCUUCUUCCUUGCUGAGCGGCCUUUCAGGUUAUGUCGAUAUAGGACUCGUUUUACUGUGGAUAUAGAUACUUUUGUACCUGUUUCCUCCAGCAUCUUCACAAGGUCCUUUGCUGCUGUUCUGGGAUUGAUUUGCACUUUUCGCACAAAAAUACGUUAAUCUCUAGGAGACAGAACGCGUCUCCUUCCUGAGCGGUAUGAUUGCUGCGUGGUCCCAUGGUGUUUAUACUUGCGUACUAUUGUUUGUACAGAUGAACAUGGUACCUUCAGGCGUUUGGAAAUUGCUCCCAAGGAUGAACCAGACUUGUGGAGGUCUACAAUUCUUUUUCUGAGAUCUUGGCAGACUUCUUUUGAUUUUCCCAUGAUGUCAAGCAAAGAGGCACUGAGUUUGAAGGUAGGUCUUGAAAUACAUCCACAGGUACACCUCCAAUUGACUCAAAUGAUGUCAAUUAGCCUAUCAGAAGCUUCUAAAGACAUGACAUCAUUUUCUGGAAUUGUCCAAGCUGUUUAAAGGCACAGUCAACUUAGUGUAUGUAAACGUGUGACCCACUGGAAUUGUGAUACAGUGAAAUAAUCUGUCUGUAAACAAUUGUUGGAAAAAUUACUUGUAUCAUGCACAAAGUAGAUGUCCUAACCAACUUGCCAAAACUAUAGUUUGUUAACAAGAAAUUUGUGGAGUGGUUUUAACACUUAGGUUGGAAUCAUUAACUUGUUUAUGUAAACUUCCGACUUCAACUGUACAAUCACAAAAAACAACAUUUUGUCAACAAGCUGCUUUUGUAAAGCAGUCUUCCUAAUGUGAUCAAAACACUACAGUGCCUCCAGAAAGUAUUCAUACCCCUUGACUUAUUCCACAUUUUGUUAUUACAGCCUGAAUUCAAAAUGGAUUACAUCUUAUUUUUCUCACCCAUCCACACAAUACCCCAUAAUGACAGUGAAAACAGGUUUUUAGACAUUUUGCAAAUUUAUUUAAAAUGAAAUACAGGAAUACAGUAUCUCAUUUACAUAAGUAUUCACACCCUUGAGUCAAUACUUUGUAGAAGCACCUUUGACAGUGAUUACAGCUGUGAGUCUUUCUGGGUAAGUUUCGGUAAGAGCUUUCCACACCUGGAUUGUACAGCGUUUGCUCAUUAUUCUUUGCAAAAUUCUUCAAGCUCUGUCAAAUUGGUUGUUGAUCAUUGCUAGACAACCUAUUUUCAGGUCUUGCCAUAGAUUUUCAAAUAGAUUUAAGUCAACUGUAACACGGCCACUCAGGAACAUUCACCAUCAUCUUGGUAAGCAACUCCAGUGUAUAUUUGGCCUCGUGUAUUAGGUUAUUGUCCUGCUGAAAGGUGAGUUAAUCUCCCAGUUUCUGGUGGAACACAAUCUAAUAUGACCAAUGGCCCUUCUAGCCGUCUCUAUUUAGAACAACAACAAAAAACAAAAAUGGCCACAGUCAUCAAGCUAGGUAAGAGAUCAUUAUUAACUAUGUUUACGUGAUUAAUAAGACUGAACUAUGUUUUUGUUCAAUGUAAUUCAUAUCAUAGGCCUAAUAGUACUGUAGAUCUAUUUUUACAUGAAAACAAUAUAGCUGGGUCACCCUAUCCUGCCCAUGCAGUGCCCCAACCAACACACCCCACUCAGCUUUAGGAUCUUAGUGAAACAUUCAUUAUUGGUUUCAGGUGUGUUAGGCCAAGGCCAGAAUGACAACCAACAGUACGGUAGACCCCCAGGGCCAGUACUGAGCAGCCCAGCAGCUAGGGAUUGCCAACACCCGCAAGGCCGCGGGGUCCGACGGUAUUCCAGGGCGCGUUCUCAGAGCAUGCGCAGAACAGCUGGCAGGCAUAUUCACGGUAAUUUUCAACCUGUCCUUGUGCCCGUCUAUAAUCCCCCCAUGUUUUAAGAUGACCACCAUCAUUCCUGUCCCCAAGAACUCUUAAGGCUACAAUGACUACCGCCCUGUAGCACUCACUUCUGUAAUCAUGAACACAGGGGUUUGUCGUUAGUCCCCUCCUGUACUCCCUGUUCACCCAUGACUGCGUGGCCAUGCAAGACUCCAACACCAUCAUCAGGUUCGCUGAUGACAUGACGGUGGUAGGCCUGAUCACCGGCAACGACGAGUCAGCCUACAGGGAGAAGGUCAGUGACCUGGCAGUGUAGUGCCAGAACAACAACCUCUCCCUCAAUGUGAGUAAGAACAAGGAGCUGAUCGAGCACUACAGGAAACGGGGAAGCAAGCAUUCCCACAUCGACGGGGCGGCAGUGGUGCAGGUCAAGAGCUUAAAGUUCCUCGGUGUCCAAAUCACUAAAGCCUUAAAAUGGUCUGAACACAUGCGCACAGUCGUGAAGAAGGCGUGACAGCGCCUCUUCCCCCUCAGGAGGUUGAAAAAGUUUCUACAGCUUUACCAUUGAGAGCAUUUUGACUGGCUGCAUCACUGCCUGGUAUGGCAAUAGCACCGUCCUCAAUCGCAUGGCGCUACAGAGGGUGGUGCGGACAGCCCAGUACAUCACUGGGGCCGAGCUCCCUGCCAUCCAGGACAUCUAUAUCAGGCGGUGUGGUAGGAAGACCCAGAAAAUCGUUAGAAUCCAACCACCCAAGCUAUAGACUAUUCUCUCUGCUUCCGCACAGCAAGCGGUGCCAGUGCAUCAAGUCUGGCACCAACAGGCUCUUGAACACCUAUCCCCAAGCAAUUAGACUGAUAAAUAGCUAACAAAAUAGCUACACGGACUAUCUGAGUUAACCUUGUAUCCUCAUUGACAUUUUUAUUUUCUUCCUUAUGCACACUCGCAGGGCCCUUCACACACACACUCACUCCAUCAUCUGCUCACUCACACAUAACAUGCACAUACAUUUAUACUGACUCUACACACACGCACACCCACUCACAUACAAGCUGCUGCUACUCUUUAUCUUAUAUCCUGAGACCUAAUCACCUUACCCCUAUACAUAUCUACCUCCAGCACUCCAGUAUCCAUUCACAUUGUAAAUAUGGUAUUGGAACUGACUCUGUAUAUAGUAUGCUUGCUUACUUAUUGUGUUCAUAUUUCUUCUUGUUUUGUCUAGUAUUACAUUGUUAUAAUGUUGGGUUUGCAAGAAAGGCAUUUCACUGUACUUGUGCAUGUGCCCUUGAAAUAGGUAUCUCCCCUGACGUGGGCAUGUUUUCAAUACAAACUCAUUUUGUCGUACAGUAUUCGCAGCGGUCUAAGCAUCUCAGUGCUUGAGGCGUCAUUACAGACCCCCUGGUUCGAUUCCAGGCUGUAUCACAACCGGCUGUGAUUGGGAGUCCCAUAGGGCAGCGCACAAUUGGGCCAGCGUUGUCCAGGUUUGGUCGGUGUAGGCCGUCAUUGUAAAUAAGAAUUUGUUCUUAACUGACUUGUCUAGUUAAAUAAAAAAUGUACAAUUCCAUAGAAGGCAUCCAGACCUUAUUAAAGUUGCACAGUAUACCCUUAAUCUUGUAAUAAAUCAAAUCUAGUGAUACAUAACUUGACAUUUCUUCCAUCCAUUGUGGGAGGAUAACCAACCUUCCAAUUUCUUAGCCGCUUUAAAUUCUAGGUUACAUUUUCUUCUGAUAAGUCUCCAGUCUCAACAUUUCCAAGCAAGCAAAAACCGGGAGAAGGGAGAAUCUGUAGACAUGCUGAGAUAAAAGAACAUACUCUUUGCCUGAAUUCAGCCAGCCUUCACAAGACCAUAACGUAUGCAAAUAUGUCUCCUUUUGUGUUUUACACCUCCAGUAGAAGAAUACAAUUACUGAGUGCAUGAUAUUCAGUUUCACUGGCAUAUAGUACUAUCUAUGGAUGGUCUUAAACUACAGUAAUUUAUGUCUGAGAUUACAUGAACAUGACUGGGCAUUCUAACAUAUGUAUCCAUUCAUCAAUAGUGUCUCCCAGGUCUUCCUCACAUUUUUGUUUUACAUGUCUUGUGUCUUCAGGAAAAGCCUAUCAACCCUUGAUACAGUUUGGAAGUCGACUUUAGAGUUUUGUCAGACUGCCUUAAAAUAGUUGAGAGAAUAAAGUGUUGUAUCAGCAAAAGUUAACCUCUGCGCUGGCACAGACUGGCUGCCUGACCCUGCUGAGACCCCUGUCACCAUCUGAUCCUGCUCAGAUUAGGCAUGACAAAGAAUUACCUUGGUAUACAUUGAUUCUAUCCAUGGAUAAUGUAAUGGUUCAAUAAUUGAAAUGACCAUUAUUCCCAGAUUCCAGACUAUAGCCUACCCAUCAACUCAAGAUGGAACUUUGUAUCCAUUCACUGAUUGUUAUAUAUACUGCAACAUUCACAUGAGCUCCAUAGACUGGUCUUACCUGGCUGUCUGAUACUGCUAAGACAUAAUGAGCAUAGUGUUGUGUACUGACUGUGCACCAUGAAAGUGAAGCCUGUAGAGCUGUUUAUACAGUUUCCGUGUGAACAGUAGGGAAUUAGCUAGGGAAACUGACAGAUCAAAUAUGUUGCAUUGCUAUACUGACUAAUAAAAACUCACAUUGCGCUGAAAAAAAGACAAUAUCAGUCGUCAAGCCUUUGGUAGCUGGUUUCAUCGUUUCAUUCAGGUCUAGUGUGGUUGAGGCAAAAAUAAUAGCUAAAGUUAGUGAUCUAACUAAUGUAGCCAACUUAUGGCUAGCUCUAGCUAAUGGUACAAUGGUAUAUCAUCAAAUUUACUUCUGUUGAAACUGGACAAAACAAAGGCUACAAAACAUUUCCAUACACACAACAGCUGUUAGAUACUGCUACCUGACAGCUAGCUAGAGCUGAACUGGCUGUGGUAGCUACUAGCUAGCUACUAGUAGCUAAUUCAUUCACUUGAGUCGAGAGGGGGUGAAACAUUAGCUAACGUAACAGCUAGAUCAGUCAGCUAAAGAGUAGCCAGUUUCUGCUCUGCUUGCUUUUACAACUCUGAGAAAAAGCGCAACACCGACAGCAGCUGCCUCUGUUAAUCUCUCCCGUGCUGGUCCUAUAUGCCAGCCUUUCAGAAGCGUUGCCUUCACACAGCCUGUCCGAACGCUCUGUGGUGAAACCGGAAAACAGCCUACCCGACCGCUCUGAGGCGUCCGCAUGGUCCUAAAUCACAUCGGUGCCGAGUUUUGCAAUGAUAAGACGGGGGGACAAAUAUGCAAUUUCAGAAUGUCUGUGUGGGGGGGUCAUCUUACCCCCCCGUGAAAGUUGCGCCCCUGUAUUGAUACAACAUCCAAAGAGUAAUUAAUAACUUCACCAUGCUCAAAGGGAUAUUCAAUGUCUGCUUUUAUUUUUACCCAUCUACCAAUAGGUGCCCUUUGCAAGGCAUUGAAAAACCUCCCUGGUCUUUGUGGUUGAAUCUGUGUUUGAAAUUCACUGCUCGACUGAGGGACCUUACAGAUAAUUGUAUGUGUGGGGUACAGAGAUGAGGUAGUCAUUCAAGAAUCAUGUUAAACACUUAUUACACACAGUGAGUCCAUGCAAUAUAUUAUGUACGCUGCCAUGUGACUUGUUAAGCACGUUUUUACUCCUGAACUUAUUUAGGCUUGCCAUAACGGGGUUGAAUAGUUAUUGGCUCAAGACAUUUCAGCUUUAUUUGUAAUUAAUUUGUAAACAUUUUGAAACACCUCAUUCCACUUUGGCAUUAUGGGGUAUUGUGUGUAGGUAGGCCAGUGACAGCUACAUUUAAUCAAUUUUAAAUUCCGGCUGUAACACAACUAAAUGUGGAAAAGUCAAGGGGUGUGAUUACUUUUUGAAGGCACUGUAUUAGUGUAGCCCUACAGGUGGUAUCAGCAUUCUCUGGUCUAGGCUUCUCACUUUUCACUUUUAUUUCUAUCCCUCUCCCUCGUGAAUACCAUCUAGGUGUGACAACAAGCAACAAGGGAAUCACAACCUGUCCAAGAGGAAGAAAGGAGUUGUCCAAGAGGACGAAGGGAGUGCAUUAUGUCAAAGUGAUGAGGAUAUAGAUGGUGACUCUUCAGGAGGGGAGAGUGACAAUUCCUUCCUAGAUCCUGCUUUUGAAGAGGAAUUAGAUCAACUUAUUAAACAGUAAGUUAUAUAUUUGUUUUGUGUUUAUUAAACAAAGUAUUACUCGUUUUAGAUCUCUGGUUUCUGUGUAAAAAUAGCCACUCAUUUUGGGCCUACGGUAUCAGCUUUUGGUGAUGCUGUUGGCAGGGUGGGAAAUGAACUUUUUGGUCCUCCAGCCACUGUGGCAGGUAGAUGAAAAGUUCUACCAGCCACUCCAGAUGUUUUAUCAGCCAAAAUAUUUGUUUGCCUUAAUUACACCAGAAAUAACAAAUAACGGGUGAGCAUGCUUUGUAAUGUUUUCUAAAACAAUACAUUUAUUACUAGUAAGAAGAGGAAAUGUGGUAUAUUGCUCAAUACAAUUUCAUUUUUGUGACCGGAGUCUGCUAUAGUAAAAGCAGAUAAACUGUUCUACAAAUGAACAUCAAGAAUCAACGAAGCCUGCCCUGCCACACAAUGCUGGUUUCUAUAUGGUUUAGGCUACUUAUUAUUAUAGUUUGGGGCUCUACGCUGCCAUUUUGUACAAGGAGAACAUAAGUUCAAAUUUAGUAGCACACAAAUAAAUUUAGGAGCACAAUGAAAGUGUUUUAAUAAGAAAUUACUAAAAGUAAAUGAAUAAAAUGUUUUUGGAGUGUUCCACACUCAAUGUACCCCCAAAUAUUUGAGGCAUUAGGUGAGACAAAAAUGCUCAACUGCCCCUUUAAGGGGUGGGCCAUUACAGUGUUAACAGAGCAUUCAGUGUAUUGAAAAACAACCUAGCGUGUGAAUGAAAGUCACACCUUUCGGGUUAGUUCGACCAAUUUCUACAUUUGGGCUUUGGAUUGAAGAAAACUGUUCCCAAAUGCUGAACUUGGUUAGUGAAAUAGACAUUCUUACCCGCCAAUGCCUAAAUCUACCUGCAUUUGGCGGGUGGCAAUUUCCCACCCUGGCUGUUGGUUGCUUGCUUGAUACUGGACAGACUUUUGCAUUAGUGUAUCAAGCUGUAAUGGCUCUGAUCUGAAAUAUCAAGGUCAGGGUUGGGCGGAUUGCCUAAAAUAAUCAGUUACUGAUAACUUGGAUUAUCAUGUAAUUAGUUAUGUAAUACAUUGUAUUACUCAAUGAGUAAUCACAUCUGAAAAUGUGUGUCUCAUGUUAUGCACCUCUGCUCUACGAUUUUCCAAAAAGUAAAGUGCACAUGAUUUUUCCUGCAUGUUCCUAUCACAGACCUGCAGGCUCUAUCAGCUCAUCAAUACUUUUCCUGCUGAUGGGCCAUCAACGUUAAUGGACUUCACAGCAUUUUAUUGACUGGCUGGUUGGGUUUAAGCAUCCAGAUAAUUCACACCUGGCCCAAUGGCCAAUCAAUAGGCGGUUGCCUAUGUUGUAAUCCAAAUUGUAAUCCGAUCUUUAGAAAGCAACCGCAAUUAUAUUACUUUUUAAAAGUAAAAUAUUUAAGUCACCUGGGUUGAUUAGAGUCAAAAGGUGUUGCAAUUCGCUACUGCUGAGGACACAGUGAAAUAAAAAUUAUGUCCCAAGCUGUGUUUGCAGCAUUAACAGUUGAAUGUGGGCUAACCUGUUACAUGUUUUUUCUUUUUUUUCAGGGAGGAAAAUGAGGACUUCCAUUUGUCGGAAACUGAAGAGGAAUCAAAUGAGGAGGAAGACCACAUCCCAGAAGCCACAAAAGCCAGAGUUUCAAAAAGUACAAAAGCCACCUCCAGCCCUAAAGCAGCAAAGCAAAGGGAAUCCUCUUGCCCCUGGACACCCAGAUCUGCAAAAAGGCAAUACGAAAGGAAUGCUCCAGGUACAUCCCUUAUCACUGGGCCAAAGAAGUGGAAGAAUGAGGAUGAACCAGAUGAAGAGCCUAAUGUGUUCCGCUUCUGUCCAGCCAGGACUCCAGGAGCACAGCUUGACCCUUACCAGAACUACACCCCUCUGGAGCUCUUCCGGCUCUUCUUCAAUCAGGAUGUUGUUGAUACGCUCUGCUCAAACACCAACAAGAAUGCAACAAGAAGAAAGGAAUCGGGUAACAAACGCAAGUGGCGCCCUUUACUUGCAGAGGAAUUGUACAAAUACCUCAGCAUUGUCAUCUAUAUGGGUCUAAUGUCUGGGCAUGGAGUGGGAGACUAUUGGAGUAAGAGAAGGCCAUACCAACUUCCCUUCUGUCGAUCUGUCAUGGGCCUGAGCAGAUAUCAGGAUAUCUCUUGGUCACUGCACAUGAGUGACCCAGCAGAGGAUGAGGAAAAUGAAAAUAAUAAAGGGACUGCAGAAUACGAUCAGCUAAUGAGAAUCAAACCUCUCAAAGACCAGAUAUUUGAGGCAUGCAGAGCCUUCUACCACCCAUUCCAGAACCUUUCCAUUGAUGAGCGCAUGGUGCGCUCCAAAGCCUGCAACAGCCUCAAACAGUACAUUAAAACCAAACGCUACAAGUAUGGAUUCAAGCUCUAUAUUUUAGCUGACUCGCGCAAUGGCUACACCUGUGACUUCAAUGUCUUUAUGAGCAAGAACCCAUCUACUUCAGGAAAAGGUGAGAACUAUGAUGCUGUCAUGAACCUUUUGAAUGUCACUUACUUGGGUACAGGGUACCACCUUUAUGUUGAUAACUUCUUCACCAGCGCAACUCUCUUCCGUGACCUGUAUGAGAAAAACAUUGGAGCAUGUGGAACCCUUCGUGAAAACCGUGAGGGCCUUUCCCGUAUCCAAGAGAACAGCAUGCCUCCUCGAGCAGAGAGGGGGACCAUCCGCUGGCUCCGUGACGGGGAGCUGCUCUUCACCAAGUGGAUGGAUGCAAGACCAGUCACCAUGUGUAGCACCAUCCAUAAAGCCUCCGUAGAGGACCAGGAAAAAAGGAGAAAACGCGGUGCAGGUGGCACCUGGACACUAGAGUCCGUAUCCGUCCCAAACGUGAUCAAGUGCUACAACAAGUAUAUGGGGGGUGUGGACCUGUCUGAUGCUCUCAUCAAAUACUACAGUGUGGCCCACAAAACCAUGAAAUGGUACAAGACGUUCUUCUAUCACUUUGUGGAUAUUGCUGUUGUGAACAGCUACCUCCUGUACAAGGACAUGGCUGUGGUCAAAAAAGAAAAGCUCAUGACUCACAAACAGUUCAGGGAGAAGCUUUGUGUGCAGCUUGCUGGCAUUGGGGAGGAGGAUGAGGAAGAGGAGGAACAGCAGGAAUGUCAUAAAGCACAAACAAAGACAUUCUGUUGCCCUGUGUCCAUAAUCGAUCAGACCACCAUUGACAUCGGUAAACGAGCAACUGCAGGAAGGAAGAAAUGUCUCCUCUGCCAGUUGAAGACCAACUGGAAGUGUGACUCCUGCGGGGUGCCACUCUGUAUGAUACCAGACAGGAACUGCUUCAGAGCGUGGCACUUGGACAAAAGAGCGAGAGCGGAAAAACCAGGCCCGGCCAACGUCAUCAAAGUCCUAAGUAGUGACAUUGAAAUACCGAAGAGAGGGCGUAAAAAAGGACACCAAGCAAAAUAUGGCCUGGUCAAAGUCGAAAGUGAAGAAUGGUAA